AUGUCUGCACCAAACGCUGGACGUCAAUCCCCACCGCCAGAGAGCCAGACUGGUGCUCAGCAGCAAGAACAUCCAGGACAACCUGGAAGCGGAAAGCUUGACAACUCCAAGGACAAAGACCAAGGCAAAGGUGACCAAACUGCCGGUCUCGAGAGUAAUCCCAAGCACCCCCUCGCCGAUGCAGCUGCAGAAAAGACAUCGAAAAAGUGA